UAAUGUUAGCUUACGGAGCGGAGAGUGCCGAGUGAACUUUGCCGGACAAAACAUCUUGUAAACUGCUAGAUUAUCAAUACUAAACAAGUAUUUAUAAUUUGUAUUUAUGCUGCUUGUUGAUUUGAUGUAACUUUUUGGAGGAGUCCACUCCUGAAGUCCAGGAAAAAAGAUGGGAGAUGAAGUGGAUCACAAGAUGAAAGAUGAAGAAGUCAAGGAAAAUAUGGAAGAUGCCAAAAUAACGUCUGUUAUAAAAGACACGUUUGAUGACAAGAUAACAUAUGAAGAAAUCAAGGAAAAGAUGGGAGAUGAAGUGGUGGACAAGAUAAACGAUGAAGAAGUGCAGGAAAAGAUGGGAGAUGAAGUGGUGGACAAGAUAAACGAUGAAGAAGUGCAGGAAAAAAUGGGAGAUGAAGUGGUGGACAAGAUAAAAGAUGAAGAAGUCCAGGAAAAGAUGGGAGAUGAAGUGGAGGACAAGAUCAAAUAUGAAGAAGUCCAGGAAAAGAUGGGAGAUGAAGUGGUGGACAAGAUAACAUAUGAAGAAGUCCAGGAAAAGAUUGAAGAGGAAGUGGAGGACAAGAUAAACGAUGAAGAAGUCCAGGAAAAGAUGGGGGAUGAAGUGGAGGACAAGAUAAAAGAUGAAGAAGUCCAGGAAAAGAUGGGAGAUGAAGUGGUGGACAAGAUAAACGAUGAAGAAGUCCAGGAAAAGAUGGGAGAUGAAGUGGAGGACAAGAUAAAAUAUGAAGAAGUCCAGGAAAAGAUGGGGGAUGCUAAAAUAACCUCUGUUAUAAAAGACACGUUUGACGACAAGAUAAAAGAUGAAGGACUCAAGGAAAACAAAGAAAACCAGGAACCUCAGGAGGAAAUGAAGAAACAGCAAUGGCCACGCAUGACCAAGAAGUUCCUGAGAGACCACUGUAAGCAGCUCAAACUCUACCGCACACCUCACCUGAAUGACACCCUGUACCUGCACUUCAAAGGCUUCUCCACCAUCGAGAACCUGGAGGAGUACACAGGUCUGAAGUGUCUCUGGCUGGAGAGCAAUGGGCUUCACCGCAUCCAGAACCUGGACGCCCAGGCAGACCUGCGCUGCUUGUUCCUCCACCAGAACAUCCUAGAAAAGCUGGAGAACCUCGACCCUCUGGUGAAGCUCUGCACCCUGAAUGUCUCCAACAACUUCAUAAGCACCAUAGAGAACCUCUCCUGCCUCCCGGAGCUGAGCACUCUGCAGAUAGCCCAUAAUAAGCUGAAGACCGCGGAGGACAUCGAGCAUCUGAGACACUGUUGUGCAAUCAGUGUGCUGGACUUGUCCCACAAUCUGCUCCAGGACCCUGAGAUCCUGCUGGUGCUCGAGGCCAUGCCAGAACUCAGAGUGCUGGAUCUGAUGGGAAACGAGGUGGUGAGAAGAAUCCCAAACUACAGGAAGACCAUGAUCGUGCGUCUGAAGCAGCUCACCUUCCUGGACGAGCGCCCCGUGUUCCCCAAAGACAGGGCCUGUGCAGAGGCCUGGGCCGUGGGGGGGCUGGAGGGGGAGAGUAAAGAGAGGGAGCAGUGGGAGACACGAGAGAGGAGGAAGAUGCAGGACAGCUUCGAUGCCAUGACAGAGAUCAGAGACAGAGCCCUGGAGAGAAAACGCCUGCGAGAGCUGAAGGAGAAAGGGUUGACUGAGGGUUCCACCUCUCCAGAGACUAGUGAGGAUAAUGAAACCCAGGUUGUGACUCCAUCAAAAGAAGGGCUGAUCGAGUCGUUCGUGCAGGACUGCCUGGAUGUUCACGAAGAGUUCUUGCAGAGUGAAUCCACACAGGGGUCCGAUGAACAUCUGCCAAACAGUGAACAUCUGGAAGAAGUUGAAGGUCUACAGAGGGAGAAGUUAGAGGAAGAUGACCUGGAGACAUCUGUGACGGAAGAGAAAGAGAAUCCAGAGCAGGAAAACAUGAUCGAGCAGUUUGGAGAGAAGCAGCCGUCUCCGGUUGAAGAUGCUCUACCACCACAUGGUCCAGGACCGCUGGUUACAGAGCUGGAGGAUGACGAGCAGCUGGAGACCAUUCACCUUCCUCUGCAGCGCUCACUGCGCAUCGAAGACCUGCCUGACCUGGAGGACGUGGACACAGAGGACUACACUGCCAUGUUCUCAUCUCAGCAAGCUUACAGACCUAAGAUAGAAGUCAUAUCAGGAAGCAGUGAGGAGGAGGAGGAGGAGGAGGAGGAGGAGGAAGAAGAAGAAAAGGAAGAGGAGGAAGAAUCCACGGAGAGCGACAGCGAUAACAGCCCCAGCUUCGGUCAGGAUGAAAUGGCAUCGUUCUUAAAGAGCGGAUCCUCUGAGGUCUCCAACAGCUCCUAUGCUUUAGUGUAUCCAGGAGAUGGGGCAAUCCAUUCUGAGCCAGUGCUGAGGAUCAAACCAAAGCAAACCCCCGCUCCACCUCGCUGCCUGAUUGAGGAGGUGGAAUGAUGCUAAUGAUGAUGCUACGUAUGCUAAUAAGCCGAGUGAGACCAAAAAGAGCCCCAUCAUCAUAUUUAGCUGUUGUUGUAUUUAAUGUGAUUAGUUGACUAGCUUAUUUUUGUUUAAACAUUUCAAAGCCAGUUUGUUCCUAUGGUUGUUGAUUGUAUCGCUAUGAAAACAGAAUAAAGUUUACAUUAUUAAACGUUUUCUUUGUAAUAUUUGAUUUUUUUUCUCUUACACUUUUAUAUUAGGGUGGCCUUGAAGUAAAUCAUAUUUUUUUCAAUAAAUUGUAAGAUAGCUACUCUUACUUUUAGGCAUUUUUAGAGCAUUCAACGACAGGAUUAUUCUUAGGGAAAUUAGCAUUCAAGCUAUCAGGGUUAAGAAAAACCAAAAAAACGAUGUCAGUCAAAUUUGAGAUCAAUAUGGUCUAUA